CUCGCUGGCUAAACCCUCUCUCUGUGUCUCUCUGAGGUUGCAGAGCCGAUAGAAGAACGAAAUAGGGCAGCCAUGUUUCAGGGAAGACUGGUAUCAUCGCUUCUGAGGACGAGGAGGAUCGUAAAUAGAGCUUUAGAUACGCAUAUCCAGUUGAGGGAGUUGACCAAUCGGCAACACUCGAGAUAUUUCUCUUCUUCCUCCUUUUCUUCUUCUUCAAUUGCAAGGACUGGCUUUUAUGGAUAUAGAUCUCUGUCCAAGGGUCCUUGUGUUCCAUCUUUUAGGAAUAUGUGCACCGUUGCUUCUCUUGGCAUGGAAAGCAAGGAGGGAUUGAAACUGCUAGUAAUCGGAGGAUCUCGUGCUCAAAAAAUGGUUGGAAUAUGGCUUUUUGGUUCAGCUGCAUGGGUUUUUAGUAUGGUGGUGCUUGGUGGAAUUACUCGCCUGACUCGAUCUGGUCUUUCAAUGACUGACUGGAAAUUCACUGGUAACCUCCCUCCUUUAUCAGAUGAAGAAUGGUUGCAUGAAUUUGAGAAAUAUAAGCAGUCACCCGAGUAUAUACGUAUAAACAAGGGGAUGAAUAUUGAAGAUUUCAAAUUCAUUUAUUGGAUGGAGUAUGCACAUCGAAUGUGGGGAAGGGCCCUCGGUGUCAUGUUUGCAUUGCCAUUUUCUUAUUUCCUUCGUAAGGGAUUUAUUACCUUAAGACUUGGUACGAGGCUUUCUGCUCUUUUUGCCCUUGGCGCAGGUCAGGGCCUGAUUGGCUGGUGGAUGGUCAAAAGCGGUUUAGAGGAGCCUGCACAUGAGUAUGCUGAACCGAGAGUGAGCCCUUACCGUCUUGCUGCUCAUCUUACUUCUGCAUUCGUCAUCUACAGUGGCCUGUUUUGGACAGCUCUAGAUGUUGUUAUGCCUGAGCCUCCUGCUGAAUCAAUUGCUUGGGUUCGUGGGGCCGCAAAAGUAAAAAAGUUUGUCCUUCCUGUAAGCUUCAUCGUAGGCAUUACAGCUGUCUCAGGAGCAUUUGUUGCGGGAAAUGAUGCUGGGCGCGCCUAUAACACAUUUCCAAAGAUGGGUGAUACAUGGAUUCCGGAUGAUAUAUUCUCCAUGAAGCCACUGAUUCGCAAUUUCUUUGAGAACACGUCGACUGUGCAGCUCGACCAUCGCAUUCUUGCAACAGCCACCUUGAUAUCAAUAGGCACUUUGUGGUGGUCAACAAGAAAGUUGGACAUACAUCCUGCAAUUCGAUCUUUAAUUGGCAGCACAGUCGGCAUGGCUGCACUUCAGGUCACCCUAGGGAUAUCGACACUCUUAUCGUAUGUUCCUGUAUCACUGGGUAGUGCACAUCAGGCUGGUGCUUUGACACUUCUAACACUGAUGAUCCUGCUGAAUCACACUGUGAGGAAGCCAUCCAUGUCCCUCCUUAAAUCAUUACCUCAAGUAGCAAAGGCAACUUGACCACUCCACAAUUUUCUGAGUAAAUACUUCAACUGAUUAGUUAUUGGAUUUUAGAACUGCCUUGGUUAAUAAGCCAUUGAUGUUGUAAUUGAGUGGUCGGUACAAUAUUGUUCAGUUAAUCUGCCAUUGAUGUUGCAAUGGAGCGUACACUUUGUCCGAAUAUUGCAGCUUGGACAAAACAGUGGAUACUGCUUCAGAUAUUUAGCUAGCUUGGUUUACUUGUAUCAAUAGUUGGCUUAGUUGACUUCCCACCUUCUAUAGUCCCUGCUAUGUUUCUUCUUUCU